AUGGCUGAAGGGUUCAUGACCACUUCUCGGCUAAAAUGUGUAGCUAAUUCCUUGAAUCCUGCCGACGCUGAUACCGGGGCCCCUUCCAGGGACAGGGCGUUCUUCAGAAAUGUGCAAUGGAGCGCAGAUGGGACAUCGCUGAUCGCUAGUCUCUCUAAUAAUUCGAUUCAGACAUACAUUGUGCCAGCCGAUCUCCUCGACGAGACACCUAAGCUUCGUCUUCUCUCGCCUUACUGCACCAUUCAAUCAAGCGAAUCAGUCAACGCUGUGAUAGGGUACCCGCUCUUCAGCCUGCAAGACACAUCUACCGCCUUGGUUCUAUCGUCAACGAGAGACCACCCGAUCCGGUUGACCUCGGCAUUAACCGGCCAUCUGAUCUGCUCUUAUCCCUUGGUUAAUCCCAUGACUGAGGAAUUUAUCAGUCCGCAUUCGCUUCUCUUUAGCAGGUCAGGCGGUCGCUUCGCUGCCGGCUCAGAAUCUUUGAUCUCCAUUUUUGACUCGUCUCGGCCAGGGGAAGGGCCCUCGGCCUCGAUGCCCACCGGCCCAAAGAGGAAGGGGACUGACUACAGUGUUGCCACGACCAUGAGAGGAAUUGUAUCCGCCUUGGCCGUUGAUGCGUCUAGCGGUCUCUUAGCCGCGGGAACGUAUAGCCGUUACGUCGGUCUUUACGAUGCUAUGGGACAAGGCAGUUGCAUUGGUGUAUUCUCAGUCAAGGGAACAUCUGCCGACGAGCAGAUUGGUGGAACCGGAGUAACGCAGGUUUCAUGGAGUCCAUGCGGAAGGUACUUGUACAUUGCAGAGAGAAACAGCGACGGGAUCAUGCUCUAUGAUAUCCGUAAAACGGGGCAACUGCUGUCAUGGCUCCAAGGCCGGAAUGCGGAAACAAAUCAAAGAUUAGGUUUUGAUGCUAUGGCCACAGGCGAUCAAAAAAGCCAUGAGAUUUGGGCUGGUGGACUUGACGGCUUCUUUAGGAUGUGGAACAACCCUUACCAACACGAAGGCUCCGUUGCUCCCGCGCUCGAGUUCAAAGGUCAUGAUGAUGCGGUGUCGAGUGUGGUUAUGCAUCCCUUCGGGGGCGUGGUUGCUACUUCAUCUGGUCAACGCCAUCUAACUCCACCAGAUGAUGAAGAGAGCAUCCAGGGGCUAGCACCCGAUUAUAGUCUGAAAAUAUGGACGUUAUGA